CCCAGCCACCGCCUCCCGCCAGCGCCUUUUCCCCACUCCAUACAAUACAAGAUCUUUCUUCUUCAGUUCCCUUAAAUCACAGCCCAGGGAAAUCUCAGAGCCUUCAUCCAGCCACGGGCCAGCAUGUCUGGGGGCAAAUACGUAGACUCCGAGGUAGGCUUGGGGACAUCUCUAUACAGUUCCCAUCCGGGAACAGGGCAACAUCUACAAGCCCAACAACAAGGCCAUGGCAGACGAAAUGAACGAGAAGCAAGUGUACGACGCGCAUACCAAGGAGAUCGAUCUGGUCAACCGCGACCCCAAGCAUCUCAACGACGACAUAGUUAAGAUUGAUUUUGAAGAUGUGAUUGCAGAACCGGAAGGGGCACACAGUUUUGACGGCAUCUGGAAGGCCAGCUUCACUACCUUCACUGUGACGAAAUAUUGGUUUUACCGCCUGCUCUCUGCCCUCUUUGGAAUCCCAAUGGCACUUAUCUGGGGCAUUUACUUUGCUAUUGUUUCUUUCCUGCACAUCUGGGUAGUUGUACCAUACAUUAAGAGUUUCCUGAUUGAGAUUCAGUGCAUCAGCCGUGUCUAUUCCAUCUGUGUCCACACCUUCUGUGACCCACUCUUUGAGGCUUUUGGCAAAAUAUUCAGCAAUAUCCGUAUCAACAUGCAAAAAGAAAUAUAAAUAACUUUUUAAGGAUAGAAGUAUACCUGAUUCUUUUUCUCCUUCUAAUUUUCUUGGUGCCAAUUUCAAGUUUUAAGUUGCUAGUAUAGCAAAAAUAUAUGAAUGAAUUUUUCUGACUGAUAACCAAGAAAUCAUUCUUUCAGUUUUUAUAACUAUUAUUUGUCUCUUCUGAGCUAUUCAUCUAUUGUAUUUGGUGAUCAGAAUUUUUUAAACCCAUUUAAAAUAUUUUCCUUAUAUUUUUAUUUGCAUGUGGGUCAUAGUGUUAUUGUCUGAGAUAGGAACCUGUUGCUGAAAGAUAAUUUGAGAGAAACAUGAAGAACCAAUGACCUCAACUGCCUAUUCUAAAAUGAUCAUUUUAUGGUAAGGGAAGAAUGCCAGGCUAUGGCCACUGAUUGUACAGGUAUGUGACUGGUUCUAAACAAAUUCUUCCCUCACCAUCUAAAGUGUUAGUGGAUUGCUGCCAUUCAUUUUAAUGAUCCAGUGGGAUCUAGUGAUCUUCAUCAAAUUAGAAAAUGUACUCUGCAUUCACUAAUGCCUUACCUUUCUUUAAAUUUUAACCUGUGAUAUUUUCUGUGCUUGAAUAUUUUGUUACAUAGAAAAUGACACUUAAGUGCCUUCCUGUUUUUCAUAUUUUCCUUCCCAAAUAGGGUCGGUCAAACUAGCCAACUUUAAUUAGGUAAGCAACUUCCGUGGAAACCAAAAUUAGAAAAUUUAUUACAUUGUUCUCCACACUUAUGUCUGACUCUGAGAAGUCAGAUGAAGUUCAUGUAUGCACUUGAUCAUGCACCAUCUUUAUCCAUAUUGAGUAUGGUCCACAUCAGCUCCAUAAAAUGGAUUAAGGUAGACAAAUGAGACUAAGUCCUCUCUGGGCUGGCACAAGUAAAAACCAACUUUCCCUGCCUCUCAUCAGCUGAAUGAGGUCAGCAUGUCUAUUCAGCUUCGUUUGUUUUUGAGAAUAAUCAGACUUUCCUGACUCCAAACUAAUCCAUCACUGGGGUGUUUCAGUGGCUGAACAUUGUGUUCUCUUUUCAGUUGAUCAGUGGGCCUCCUGAGAAGGGCUCAUAAAAUGGAGGCCAUUGUGUGAAACUGUCAGAGUUGUUGCAAGUGUGACCCCUUCAAAGUAAAGCACUUGCAACCAUCUAUUAUGCUGUGACACAUGGCCCCUAUUCCUGCCAGGAGCUUUGGAGCUAAUCCAAGCAUCACUUUGCUCAGAGAGAAGAUGGGGGAGGAGACAGUAAUUAAAGACUGUAGUAGUUUUGCUGGAAUAAAGUCAAAUUCUUCUAAACUCAAACUGAGGAAUGUUACCUGUAACCUGAGUCAUACAGAAAGCUGCCUGGUGCCUCCAAAGGCUUUUUUAUUCCCCCUGCUCAUAUUAAGAUUCUGUCUUUGAGGAAUUUACUUUUAACCUUCAGUUAUGCUUUUACUUUUCAUUUCAUACACCUGUUGGAACUCUGUUUUACUUUUUCUUUUUGCCUCUUACAGUUUUCCCGAGAUUUUAUUUACCUAGCUGUUACCUACUUUGAACUUUUGCAUUUAAAACAGACACUGGCAAGGACAUAGUUUUACUUUUAAUCUGUGUACGUACUACAUGUACUAUACUGCAUACUUGUUAAGUGUAAAGAUAUUUUUAUCUUUAUAUGGGGAAAAUCACUUGGGAAAUUGCUUUAUGAUUCAAUCUGUAAACUGUGUAUCCCAAGACAUGUCUGUUCUACACAUAAUCUCAGUCCCUUGUGCAAAUUAUGUGCUGGUCCAAAGGUUGCUAAAAUUUUAUAUGCCUACUGAUAUAUUUUACACUUUUUUAUCUUGCAUGUCCUGUAAAGCUUAUAAGUCUACACAAUAAAAAUGUUUAACAGUU